AUGUAUUUAUGUAAGUAUCGAUGGAGCUAUAGGGGUGUCCGCCGGAGCCGGAUGGGUGGCUUUUUCUUUCUUAUUUUCUCCCUUCAAUCGUGUUUACAUUUCUUUCGUCAUUGGGUUGGGGCUUUUUCCUUUUUCAUUCAAACGGGUUUCUACGGCGUUUUGCAUAUAAAGCAUGUCUCUUUUUUUUUUCUUUUCCAUAUUUUUUAUUUUCGCGUUUCCCCCGCCAAAACAACAUCUAUUCGAUAUCUUGCCUCUUUUUUCACCCUUUACUUUUUUCGGUUGGCCGGUCGGAUCUUUUUCAUGAGGAAGAAGGAAAAGGAAAAAAUGGGAAGGGGGAAAGGGAAAGAGAGAUUGAAAGAAAGAGAUGUGAUGGAUGGACGGAAGGGGAAGGGAGGGCGGAGAAAUCAUGGAAGUGUUCCUUUUUCUCUCGUCGGGUAAUGAAUGAGACAUUCGUCAGUCUGUCAGUCUGCGGUGUGGUGUGAGGGAAGAAUUGGGGGGAAAAAGGGUCCUGUAUUUAAAUAUUUGCAUCAUCAUCGCCGUCAUCAUAACUAGAGGUCAUCUUUUUUACAUUUACCUUAA